AUGGCUGUUGCUCCAAUUCACCUUGCCUUCAUCAGUGCAUUUCUCAUCAGCCUUUUUACAAGCCCAUGUAUUGGUCUAUUCAUUUGUCCCUCCCAGGAAUCCCAGGCUCUUCUUUUCUUCAAGGAAGCCUUGAAGGUCUCUGAUGGCAUUCUCAGUUCAUGGGAUAAUAGAAGCGACUGUUGCUCCACAUGGGAAGGUAUAUCGUGCAACUAUGCCACUGGCCAUGUAGAGCUGGUUAAUCUGACUGCUUACACCAACCACACAGAGCAGGGUUUGCAGAGUGGAGUCAUAUCGAGUAGUUUGUGCAGCCUUCCUUUUCUCAAAUACCUCAUCCUGAAAAGCAUUGGAUUAACAGGUAAUAUCCCUUCCUGUUUGGGAAAUCUUUCUUAUCUUCAGGUUUUGGUGUUAAAGAACAAUAGUUUGACGGGGAUAGUUCCUCCUGCAAUUUGCUUGCUCACAAAUCUUGGCCAUCUAGAUGUAAGCAUUAAUCAACUCGUAGGAAUCUUACCACCGUGUCUAGGAAAUCUUACCUUUCUCCGUAGACUCAUUGUCCAUUACAACAAAUUAACUGGGCAAGUCCCAAUUUCCUUGAACAAACUCUCCUUGCUCAAGUUCUUGAGUAUUUCCGGUAACAAGUUCAAUGGCAGCCUUCAACUCACCGGGCUUUCUUCCCUCAAUUUGCUCUUUGCUCGUGAUUUUUCAUUACCUGAGAACGUUACUUCUUCCCAGUUGGCAUUGCCAUCCUCCAUAAAGGUUCUCUGGCUCUCCCACAUCACCAUUACAGAUAGUCUGUUUGAUAACCUUGCAGAAUUAAAAUUUUUGUACGUAUCAUAUUGUGUUUUGAAUAUUAGCGCAAGUUGGCUUCCGAGCUUCCAGUUAGCGGGCUUAGAUCUAGUCUCAUGUAGUAUUGGUGGUAGAGUUCCUGAGUGGCUUUUCACUCAGUAUUCAUUACAGAGGUUGGCAUUGGCUGACGACAAUAUUGUUGGAGAAAUUCCCAAAUGGUUAAUGGAGAACAAUCCUCAGUUGUUUCUGUUCAACAUUUCAGGAAAUCAUUUCAAUGGCAGCCUUUUUGUUCCAAGUAGAUCAAUUCGUUGGAUGACUGUAUUUGAUGUAUCUAGGAAUGCAUUCACUGGACACGUAGCAUCUACGUGGCCUCCAGAUCUUCAGCUCCUGAUGGUUAAUGACAAUUCUCUGAUUGGCAAUAUUCCUCCAGGUUUGUGCAAUUUAAUUCAUCUUGAAAAGUUAGAUCUGUCAAACAACAAAUUGAAUGGAAGCAUUCCUUCAUGCUUUGCAAUCUAUAAGAGAAUUCAAGUGUUAAAUUUGGGGCAUAAUAGGUUGGAUGGAAGUAUACCCCAAGGGGUAUGCUCCUCCUCUUUAAAUGUGAGAAACAAUGAGUUAAGUGGCGCCUUCCCUAUGUCAAUCAUAAAUUGUAAGAUAUUACAAGUACUAGAUAUCGGCCAUAACAAAUUUGCUGGGCAUAUUCCAUGGUCAGUUGGAAAUCUAUCAGCCCUUAAAGUGCUGAUGAUGAAUGAUAACUCUUUCAGAGGCAGCAUUCCUUCAGAAAUUGUCCAACUCAAGCAGCUCCAGAUCUUAGACCUUUCGUCUAACAAUAUAUCAGGUGUUAUUCCACACAGCCUUGGAUCUCUAAAAGCAAUGACUCUACCAAGAGAAGACGGCCAUAUAUUAUCUUCUCAGCUGAACCCAUUUCAAGUAAUUACAAAAGACAAUGGCGUUAAGUCAUAUUCUGGGAUUGGUCCUAUUGAGUCAAUUAUAUAUCAAGUUCCGUCUCAUGAUGAAUUGGACAUGACUGUAAAAGGCUUAGAUCUGAAGUAUGCGUAUAUUUUUUCCACUCUCACAGGUAUGGAUCUUUCCAAUAACCAAUUAAACGGAAAGAUUCGUGGGAUUUUGGAAAGUUGA